AUGGCUGUCAAGGUUGGAAUUCCUAAGGACGUUGCUGCCGUCGCCGCCCCUCAGGUUGGCGGUGUCCGACUUUUCGGCAAGUGGGACGCCCAGGAGGUCGAGGUUAAGGACAUCUCGCUCACCGACUACAUUGCUCUGCGCAAUGCCGUCUACACUCCCCACACUGCUGGCCGUUACCAGAACAAGGCCUUCAAGAAGGCCCAGACCCCCAUCGUGGAGCGUCUUGUCAACUCGCUCAUGAUGCACGGCCGCAACAACGGCAAGAAGCUCAUGGCUGUUCGCAUUGUCGCCCACGCUUUCGAGAUCAUCAACCUGCUUACCGACGCCAACCCUAUCCAGAUCCUCGUUGACGCCAUCAUCAACACUGGUCCUCGUGAAGACUCGACCCGUAUCGGCUCGGCUGGUACUGUCCGUCGCCAGGCCGUCGAUGUUUCGCCUCUCCGACGUGUUAACACCGCCAUCACUCUCCUGACCACCGGUACCCGAGAGUCGGCCUUCCGCAACGUCAAGUCGAUCGCCGAGUGCCUCGCUGACGAGCUCAUCAACGCUGCCAAGGGCUCGUCCAACUCGUACGCCAUCAAGAAGCGUGACGAGAUGGAGCGUGUUGCCCGAUCCAACCGUUAA